GUUGUUCAGAACGUCUCCCUACAUCUCGGUGGUUCUUAAUUAGUGUUUGUCGCUCGUUCGUUACUCUCUCUUUUUCCAGCAUCAGCCCACUAUCGUCUUCACUCACAAUGGCCGACGUCGAGGAUUCCGUUUCGGUUCAACAGCUCGUCUCGGAGGAAAACCCUGACGUGGCUGAGGCUCAUGGGGACCACGAGGCCGACGUGGAAGAACCCGCCUCAGUCCCACCGGCAGAAGACGAUAACCUACUGGCCGCCGACCUCCCUCCUGCAGAUGCCGGUGCGCAUGCUGACGCCUCUUUGGAUGAUUUGCAGUCGCCCCCGCCGGAGCCAACGAUCGAGGCAGCUGAACCCAAGCCUGAGGUGGCCAAAAAGCUCAACGCGACCUCGCCAGGGGGGACUACAAAGCCAGGCCCCAUUUCUACCAAAGUAGUACCCGGAAAGCCAGGGCCUACUACGCCAACGGUCAAGAAGAUUUUGAAGGCUGGCACGUUUGGAGCAGGUGCUGCUUCUAAGUCCCCAGCUGCCUCAGGUGUUGCCACCAAGUCCCCGGCUAAACCAGCUGCUGCGCCUGCCGCCUUGACCAAAUCUCCUUCCACUGGGACCACCAGGCCCACAACUACUGCCACUUCUACGCUCAAGAAAUCCAUCAGCUCGUCAGCAGCGAACCCGUCUUCCAAGCCAGACAUGGCGUCUACCAAGGCCCCAUCCACUGGGCCUUCUGCAGCAGGUCCAGCGCGCCGAACGUCUUUACUUCCAUCGAGAGGACCCGCGUCCGCCACGUCAGCUGCUAAACCCAGAGUUCCGUCAGCUGGCUCUGCAUCUGGCUCUCAGACCAACGGUGCCAUCCGUUCCUCCGUUAUUUCUCCUUCGGGGUCUGCUGCUUCAGCAAAAUCUGGGCCCACGACCGCACCCGCAGCACCUCGUCCACGUGCCUCGAUCUCUGAGGCGGUUCGGAGACCAACUACCUCUCGCCAGAGCUCUAUUGGGGCAACGUCGGCAGCUGGAAAACCCACUCGGACACCCGGCUCCAUCUCAUCUAUCAGGGAAGUGCGCGAGGACGGCAAGGCUCUCGAGGAACUCCAGAAGAAACUGAAAGAGGCUCAAGAUGAGGUCUCGGCUAAAAGUGAUGCAGUCAGUACGCUGGAGACUAAGGUCGCCGAGUUGCACUCUGCCCUUGAUUCCGCCCUCGCAGAUGUCGAGACAAAGAAAUCAUCAAUUGCCGGGUUGGAGGACGCAAAGCAAGCAGCUGAGUCAGAGUUGGAGGCAGUCAAGGCGAGCUCCGAUACAUCCCGCACAGAAGAGGAUGCGGCAGCAGCCUCGCUAGAGGCACUUCGUGGAGAGCUCGAAGAAGCGAGGUCUUCGUCGGCGGAACAGACCGCUCUUGUUCAGAGCCUCCAAUCGCAAGUUGAGGCACUUACAGCAGAGGUCACUGCCGCACAAGAGACGCUAGAGACUUUGCGGUCUUCUACGUCAGCAUCGUCCGCAGAAGCUGCGGCUGCCUCUGAACUGGAACACCAUGCUCUUCUUAAGGCUAAGGCUGACUUGGAGGCCAUUUCCGAAGAGACAGAGGCUCUCAAGUCCGCGCACGCGGCGACGCUCGAGAGUAUGCAAGCACAGCUCGCCGAAGCCAAUGACAAACUAGCCCAGCUUGAGUCGUUAACCAACGAGUUGUCCACGCUCAAAGCAGACAAGGAGGAAUACGCGAACAAGAUAUCCGAGUUGGAGGUUGAGAUUCUGGAGCUCAAGGAAAGCCAGGAGAACUCCACAGACGAGCACAGGUCGGUCGCGGAUCAGCUGAAGAGGGCAGAGGAUGAGCUCGCACAAGCGAAAGUCUCCAUUCAGAGUGCUAUUGAUGACGGCGCUGCGAAAGAGACCGAGGGCGCUCGUAUGCUGGAAGAGGCAGCGUCAAAGCAUGAUGUGGAGCUGAGCGGUAUUCGGGAUGAACUCGUUAACGUCACUGCUCUCCUAGAGGAGGUUCGAAGCGAGCUGGAAAGUGCCAAAUCUGCCCAUGAACAGGCGAAGGAAGACGCUCAAGUCGCAGCCGACAGCCACAGGCUCGAGCUGGAACAGGCAGAGCAGAGCUACCUCAGUAAACAGUCUGACCUGGCUGAACAAAUCAGAAGGAUCACUGAGGAGCUUGAGGGUCAAGAGGCACAGUAUAAUGCUAAGGUUGACGCAGUGAAGGCGGAGCAUGACAAGCUGCUUCAAGAGGCAUUUGAGCGUGCCAAGAACGAAGCAGGCGAUGCUCACGCUCAAGACCUUCAGGCGCUUCGUGAAGAGUCCCAAGCCACCAUCGAACAGCUCAAGACACUCCAUCAGUCCAACGUAGAUGGUAUGAAGAGCGAGCAUGAAGCUCUUCUGGAGUCUCAUGUCAGCAACUUGGAAAAGAAGCUGAAUAGCCAGGCUCUUGAGCUGAAAGCCACUCAAGAAGACCUCGCCAAGGCCAAGGGGGCUCUGGACGCAGCUGAGACCGAAAAGUCGAAUCUGUCAUCCCAACUUGAGGCUGCACGCAGUGCAUCUAUCUCUGCUUCCUCUUCAGGCGAUCAGACGGCAGAGGUCGAGCGUUUGAUCCAAGAACUCGCUAUUCUGCGUGACGAUAAUGCGAUGCUUAACGACGUCCUCGCCGUUACGAAGGUGUCAUUGUCGGAGAUGUCCACCAACCACAUCAAAGAGCUCGAGGAGGCAGCUCGCGUUCGGGCUGAAGAAUCCACCAAGCUUCGUGGGGAUCACCAUCAAGAGCUGGAGGCUCUGGCCACUCACAGGAUGGAGCUCACAACGAAGGUUUCGGAUCUGGAGGGCGAGAUUUCCACUUUGCGGGCUCAGCUGGAGGCAGUUCCUACUGCAGCUCCCAAGACUAACGGUACUGCACCCAACGGUACUACAGUGACACGCGAGGAGCUGCACCGCUUGCAUGAGGCUCACAACUCCAAGCUGAACGAUGUUCAAGCUGAUUAUGACCGGAUGGUUAGGAACUUGCGGGAGGAAGUUGAUUCGCUGCAGAACAGAGUCGACGAACUUCAACAGGAAGUUGCGCGGAAAGCAAUGGAGAUCCAGUACUUGGAGCAGGAACAAGAAGAGUCGCAAGACAGUAUUACUCGAUUGAAGGAGGAACUCGAACAGAAGCAAAGUGCGUGAGGCUCUGGAGCAAGAUGACCAUGAGCCUCCCUCACCCUGGUCGUCGACAUGGAGCCUCAUGGAAUCGGUGCGGCCGCCACGCUCAUACCUCAAGGUCGAUCGUCAUUUUCCUACCCACCUCCUGCGUUUGGUGUUUCCUUCCUUGCGUUAUUCGGAUUUAUGGAACGUUACCUUCACUAGGUCGUCAUGACCUAGUCAAUACCCCGAGUAGAAGUUGAUUAUGCACGCCUCGUCAUCCGGAGCUCAUUGCGUAUUGAAGAACUGAUAAUGAUUAUUCUUAAUUGC